AUGGGGGCGCGCGCCGGGGGCCACGACAGCCAAUCAGCGAUCGCCGAGCCGCAGCCAAUCGCGGCGCGCGGGGGGCGGGCCCGCAGCGUGCGGAAGAGCCGGGGGGCGGCGAGUCUCGGCCCCAUUCGCUCCUCUGCUUGUCGCCGUCGCCCUGUGGGUCCGAUCGCUCUGUCGCCACCGGUCGGGCUGAGUUUACCCCCCGGUGCCGAGGGCCGAGGUCUGAGCGGGCGUCUCUUGGGCACGCGCAGGCUGGCGUCUGUGACGGGCAGGGGACGCGCGGGGAGGGCCCCUGGCCGGGGAGGGGAGGCCCCGUUUGAGGGUCCCUGGCCGGGGCCGGUUUCAGGGUCUCCGAGGACCCCGAGCGUCCCCCGCACCGUGGGCCCGCCUCGCGCGGUGCCCCCGGGGACCAGCCUGACCGGCGGGUGGGGGCAGUGUCCCCCGGAGGGAGGAGACAGGAAAGUGAGCCACGAGGAGCCUCUCAGCUGUGCCCGAGUCCUGACUUGUGAAUCCCGGCAUCUUGUAGAAACCAGAGGCGGCGUGGGAUUGCUGCAGUUCCUCCGCAGCCUGGCCCACGCGGUGCCUGCGAUGGGCCCUGCCUCCGGGACUCAGCUCACUUGA